ACUCGAUUAAAAUGAAUCCUAAAAGUUUCAUCUCUUUGUUGAUGAUAUUAUUGUUUAUUUCUGUUGCUUCUCCUGCUUGCAACCAAACCAGCACAACAUGCAAUUAUCAAACAACCUGCAAAUGUCCUGCGAGCCUAAGUCAGGGUACAUAUUGUGGUGGCGACGUUGGAUGUGAUAAAACUCAUGUUUAUGAAUGUAAUCCUAACGGUGGUGAAUGUACAACUUGUGAUUAUUGUCUUCGUUUUUCCUGCGCACAAUGUGGAAAAUUAAGUUGUCCGGCUCCGACACAGCCAAAGCCAUCAAUACCACCAUCGCCAACCAAACCACCAACGAAACCACCAUCAACCCCACCGCAAAGCCUCCCUUCAUCUAUUUGCAUUGAUAUGACAGUGAAAAACUUUCUUGUUGAUACCUGUGUAUUUCUUGCAACUCCAGUAGUUUCAUUCGUUAUAUUAGGUGCAACACCGACUGAUAUUAUUGCAACUUGUGUUGCAGCAGCAGCACCAUUUGCCCUAGAGACUCUUGGUGGUUCUGAGGCCUUGUGUGCUAUUGUAGCCUUUCUUGCAACUGAAGCAGUUGCUGCAG